AAGGGCACAGUUGAAGUUUUCUUCAGUUUCAAGGGCACUCUUGUACCAAAUCCCUCGACUAGAUAUAAACCAUGUUCCACUCAUUUCUCGGCACUCUCCACUGAAUCAGUAGAAUCCAUUUCCCCGGACAUAUAAAUAUCUCCACAGUAUCCUAGAGACAAAGGGGGAAGGAAAAAAAAAAGGGAAAAUGUGCCCGACAAAGCAGAAGCAAAAGCACCACCAUCAUCACCACAGCCACCGGAGCUCCACCACCGUUGCCGCCGCGGAAGGCCAAGGCGCCGGAGUUGAAGACUGGAGACAAGAAGCCAUCAACGGCGGAUCCUUAAAGCACGUAGAUCUCCACACUGGAUCCAACGGCUGGGCUUCACCUCCAGGUGAUGUAUUCUCUCUCCGUGGACCCAACUACUUGACUAAAAAGACAAAAGUACCCUCCGGCCCCUGGCUUCUCCAACCUGCCGGCGUCGAUUGGCUCCGAUCCAAUGCCAAGCUGGACCAUGUCCUCGCCCGACCCGAUAACCGAGUCAUGAACUCACUCAAAUCCUCCAAUCUUCAAGGAAAGAGUCUGAAAACUUUCCUCGUAGCUGUCAAUCUCCAAGUCCCCGGCCGGGACCACCACAGCGCAGUAUUUUACUUCGCCACUAAGGAAGGCGAAGGCCUCCAACCGGGCUCUCUCCUCUACCGGUUCGUCCACGGCGACGAUAAUUUCCGGAACAGCAGGUUCAAGAUCGUGAAUCGGAUAGUCAAGGGGCCGUGGAUUGUGAAGGCCGCGGUCGGGAAUUACGCCGCCUGUUUACUGGGAAAAGCGCUCAAGUGCAAUUAUUUUGUCGGCGAUAAUUACCUCGAAAUCGACGUGGAUAUUGGGAGCUCGGCGAUUGCCAGCGCGAUUUUGCACUUGGCAUUGGGGUACGUCACGGCAGUGACGAUUGAUAUGGGGUUUUUGGUAGAGGCGCAGUCGGAGGAUGAGUUGCCGGAGAAGCUGUUCGGGGCGGUGAGGAUUUGUCAGAUGGAGAUGUCGUCGGCGACUUAUGUGGAGAAUAGUAGCAAUGCGGUGUCGUUUAAGAGGGGGCUCCAUAGUGGGCACCCGAAUGGUAGUAAUAGUAAUAGUAGCUGCAGUAAAAGUAAAGUGCAGGCUGAAGAGGGCAGUAAUAAUGGAAUGGAAUAAGGGAAAUUAUUAGGUUCUGAGGUAAAUUUUUCUUUGUUAUUUAAUUUUCCCCUGUAAUUUCUGUUAUGUGGAAAAAAUCUGGGCUGCUAAUUUAUGAGAAUUAAGCCCUUUCUAAUGUGAUUUUAGUGUAGAUAAUUAAUGUGGGGCUUUUUUUUA